UCAAACAUGAAUAGGUGGAUAUGUCCCAAAUGUGUAAAUUAUUACACACUUACCAUCCACAUGGUGAAGCUAUUUCGAUCGUCACACCGUAUUAAGUCUUUCACUAAUAUCAGUCUUACGGUGAUAUCUGCUAUGAAAAAUUAAUGGAAAUCAAACAUGAAUAGGUGGAUAUGUCCCAAAUGUGUAAAUUAUUACACACUAACCAUCCACAUGGUGAAGCUAUUUCGAUCGUCACACCGUAUUAAGUCUUUCACUAAUAUCAGUCUUACGGUGAUAUCUGAGAUGAUACAGGAGCAGCGUACGGAGGCAGCUAUUGAGGAGAUUUUCAAUUGUGUCUUGAGCAUCAAGACCAUAUUCAAAUCCUUCCUGUCGCCGUCUGAAAAUAUAAGCAGGAAGAUGCUCCAGAAAUAUAGACAUUUUCUUAUGAGCCAUUUUCCUCUUCUAUUCAAAUUGGGGGAUGAAAGUAGGGCUUUCAACAGCUCUGUACGCUUCAGUCCAAGUGAAGUUGCAGCCAUUAAGGCUGAUAUAUUGGUGGAUUAUUUUUCUAUUCAAGACCGAGAAAGAUUUGUCGGAUGCAUUAUGGAAGACAGACCUGGACCUUCCUUCUCAGAUGAUCUCUGUGAGUAUAGUAUUUUUCAUGUUAUUUUACUUAUUUCAGCAUUUAUGUCCUCCACACAAAAUCCUUCCCAGCCGUGUACAUCGUCUCAGAUAUUAUUUUCUCAAUCUACGUCACCGGUACAGCCAGUCUCCUCCACUCAGCCGCUGACUUCUUCUCAUCCCUCAUUGACCUUGCCAGCCUCAACUUCAACUGGACAUUCUCACUCUGUUCUACACUAUGGGUCAACAUUAUCGUUGCAGGCUCCUGUAUCAUCUCCUCAGUCGCUGUCUCCUCGGUCUGCCACAUCCUUACCGCCUGUAUCAUCAUCUCGGCCAAUCUCCUAUUCGCAGCAAGUGCUGUACUCUCAGUCAAUGUCAUCUGGCAGAGUAUUGCGAUCUAGAGUUGUCCCACCUACUGAUGUUAGUCGCAAGAAGUGGCAUUCCAGGUUACAAUGAGGGAAUUGCAGAAUAUUAUGUGGAUCAAGUCGCUAGGAAUUGGUGGAGGGACGAGCAGUCUACAGAAGCGAUCAUAUGGGAUACUGAUAUUUUCUUUGAUGGGGGAACAGAUUUAAACGAUUGAAUUGAAAGAAAUGCUUUAAACAGAAUUAAACAAAAACUUGAAGAAUUUCAAGAGAAAGAAAAUGGUUUUGCUCUUCAAUCAAUUGUUUCAUUAGAAGUCAAUAUAAAUAAGGUGGAAAUGGGUAAUGGAGGAAGUUCAUACAUCAAGCUACCUAAAAAAGUUUCUCUCAAAAAGGCAUGCAUUAAUAUCAAAAACAAUAACGAUGAAUGCUGUUUUUUGUGGAGUAUUAUUACUGCAUGCUUACAUCCAGCAUUUCCACUCGGAUAGUGUCGUCAUAUCCCCACCCAAGCACUAUUUUUAAUUGUGAUGGUAUAGAUUUUUCCAAUCAAACUUGCAGAUAUACA